AUGGUACCACGAGCUAAACCCCGGCAUCGACCUUGGACAGUAGCAACAGUAGCUGGUGUGGCGUCACUGCUUCUCCCCGCUGCGGCACUCAUGCGACUAUACACUCUGUCGCGGUUUCCCUUGUAUGCAGUUCUGUAUACCUGUGUUGUUAAUGGCGCUACGUUUUUGUUUUAUGGGUAUGAUAAGAUGCAGGCGCGCAAUAUGGAGUGGAGGGCCAAGGAAACGACGUUGCAGACGUUGGCGCUUGUUGGGGGAUGGCCGGGUGCACUGGCAGGGAUGCAUUAUUUCCAACACAAGACGAAGAAGGUUGCAUUCCAGGUUGUGUUCUGGGGGAUUGUGCUGUGCUGGGAGGGUGUAGCUUGGCUAGUGUGGAGUGGCGGGAUAACCGUAAGAAGAUGA